AUGCAAAAUUUGACAAAUUCUUUUUCAAAUCAAAUAAUAAACGAUUUAUUACUAAAUAAUAGUCUUCCCCAUCAUUUGCUUUAUUUACAAUAUAAAAAUUCGGGGCCAAGUUUAUUAUUGUUACUUCCUGCAGUUUUGUUAAAUUUAAUUGGUAUACCUGGAAUUACUGGAAAUUUAUUUUUAAUUUAUGUAACAAUUAAAGAAAAAAAAUUGAGAGGGCCAACAAAUUAUUUAUUGGCUUUAACUGCUUUUUUCGAAAUUCUCCAUCAAUCUGCCCAUUUUGUUUUUUUAUUUGUUGCGGCCAGUGGAAUCAAUUUAAUUAAUUAUUCUACAGCUUUAAUAUUUCAAUUACAUUCAAUUUUUGGUAUAGCGGCAGUUCAGAUUUUGUUUGUGUCUACAGCUGCUGACAGACUUUUUUCUUUUUUAAUUCCAUUAAAAUAUGUUAAAUUAAAUAUUCGCCUUUAUUUGGGGUUUCAUUUAUUUUUGGCUAUUUCAAACGGAAUUUGGAUGUCAAUAAAGGCUUUAAACGUUGCCUAUAAAUAUCCAACAAUCCCUGUGACUGGACAUAUUAGCGAUUUAUUUGUUUCAGAUAUGGAUAUUAUUUUUGCAUUCUUUAUGUAUUUAUCUAUAUUAAAUGUUAUAAUUUAUAUUUUUGUUUGGAUAAGUGUUCGGUAUUUAAAUUCUGGUAAUUCUUUUGUACUUGCAGAAAGAAUAUAUGAAUAA